CACCUAUUGAAAACAAACAGGUGAUCUGCAGAUAGUCAGUCGAAAUUUUGAUACAGGUGAUGAACGGAUCAUGAAGAAAAUCUUCAAGGUCGUUCCCUUCACUCAUUAGUACUUUUUCACUUCCUUAGGUUUUACUAUUUGAGAAUAUUGUCACUAUUCGUAAUAGAGUGAGUGAUAUUUAACUAUGGAGAACAGGUGCUGGAUCAUGUGGUCUUCUGUUAUUGCUUUAGUGGUUUUCCAAAGCAUCCUUCAUUCUGAAUGUGCGCCAGCCUUCAAAUUGAAGCACUAUAAUUUCUACAAAUCCAAAGAAAUGUCACCUCCUCGGAUGGACAAGCGUCUGAUAGGUGGAAGCUCGCCAAUCCAUUUUAUUAGCCCUUUUGUUCCAAUGCCAGAGCCUGUUGUGAAUCCCUUUGCAAACUUUAUUUCGGCUUCAGCUUCUGCUCCUCAGUCUACAAUUUACAAACUGCCGCUGCGCUUGAAAGCAAACGGUAAACUUCACAGCAUAAUACAUGGUUUUCCAAACAAACGCCACCAAUUCAUAGAUCAGUUUGCACAAGCGGCAUCAAACAUAAUACAGUUGCCAUUGAAGUACAUGUCAAAUGCUAAACCUAUAGGAAUUUAUUUUAAGGAUCCAUCAAUGAACUUCUUGUGAGAACCAACUGUUAUUUUAACGUCACUGUACGCUAUCUCUGGUACUGAAGUUAACAUAUUGAAUGAAUUGUUGUCAUCAAAAGAAUUGUUGUAUUUUGUUCGAAGUAAUUAUGGACUACACUCUAAAAAAGCUGGAUCAGAUGUCAUUUUUACUGAUGCCAAUGAACUUAAUGAUAGACUUAUGUACGUGGACUAAUGCACGUGGUGUAUGUGCUUUAAAUUUUUCGGUAUGUUAAACGGGAUUUCAACUACAGAUUUAAACGUUUUUUAUGAAAUGAAACAGAAAAACUCGUUUAAUAUUAAAACAUGAUUUAUUUUUAAUUAUCUGUUACCACUGAAAGAACUGAUUCAUUUAAAAGCAACACGAGAUUAAUGGACCUAGAAAGACUUACUUUAAAAUGCGUUUGGUGUAUGUACGGUGGACUUGUCGGUAUAUUGUAAAAAAUUUCGAACAUGGUUUUUUCUGCUUGAAAUGAAACAGUGAUCCAUCAACUCACAACUUCUUGUGAAAAAACUUGUGAUUCUUAAUUAAAUAAUUGAAGGGUUGAAUAGGACUAAUUUUUAACUAUAUAUGAUAUGUAUAUAUCUGUUAAAUUUAUUGAGUGGGGCUUAAAAUAUGUAUUUACAGUUGUAGUAAAUGUAGCAAAUCUCCAGGAAAUUCAAAUCUGCAUUUAUUAAUAAUUCUGUAAUUGAGUCAGCAAAUAAUUAUAUUAACAUAACAAUUAUUAAUUUAUAAUCGCUACACGGCAGUAAAUUGUCAUUAUUCCACAAAUUACCGCGUGCACAGUUUAACACUUUUAGUAAUAUAUUAAUAAAUGAGAGAGAUCUUUUUCAAAUGUUAAUGCAUUUUCUAAUUAUUAAUAAAUACAAAAAUUUUCUUAAAUGCAUUUGCAUGGAAUUGUCUUACCUGCAAUAGUCAUAAUAAUUGAACUGCAAUAGCCAUAAUAAUAAUUUUAUUGAUGUGUAAAUAUCUAAAAAGUAAAAUUAAGUGCGAUUUUCCGUAUGUUCUAAUUCUAUUCAUGACAAAAAGUUAAAAGAUUAUUUUCAAAUUAAAAGCCACGUGAGGUUGAAUUAAUGCCCUAUUCCAGAUUAGCGUGCAAUUUCUAAUAAUUGAGGAGACAAUUCUUUUUAUGAAGACUCCAAAUUUAUUUAUACCUUGUAUGCAAGUGUAUAUUUUUUAAUUCACGGAAAUCAAAGUUUUGGAGAUGUUGUGCAAAAUUGCUCUUUCGAAAUUAAAAUACAUUUAGUUAAGAAAAUAAUUAUUUAGAUCAAAAUUGCGAAUUUGUGUUUCAAUUUUAAAUUAUUUUCAAUUUUACGUGUUUGAGAGAGAAGUGAUUUUGUUAAAAAUCCUGCUUAUAUAGUUUUGUUAUUUGAUUAUGUAAACUAAUAAUUCAAUGUGUAUAUUUUUGAAGUUAUUGAAAAUACAUUUAUCUCUUAUUAUCAGAUGUUAGAAAAAAUAUUGCUGGCAAUAUUUUUGUAAUAGACUAUUUAUAAUAGAAUAAAAAAUUCAAAAUCUCUUAAUUUUUCUAAUAAAAGUAUAAAUGAGUAUUGUAGGAUAAUUUUACCUUUGUUAAUUAACUAAAAGUACACGACCCAACUAAUGAUCACUUUUUACAUGUUCAUAUAAAAUGUUGAGUAUAUUAAAAUACUUCACACUAGAAACAUCCACUAACAUAGAAAAUGUUAAUAAAUUUUUCAUCUGAAAUGUUGAUUAUUUUAAAAACUGCAUCUCAUUUAAAUAAACUAUACUCUGUUGCAAGUUUAGAAAAAAAACAUGAUCCCUAUGGAUAGAGAAUGUUUGCAUUUAAGUGUAAGCCAAAUAGGCGCCAAGCUCCCAUCGCUAACGUAUAUCAACACCGCCAACUCUAGAAACACCGUUGCAGAGCCUUCGUUUUGCUUGCUUUCUUAAGAAAUGAGGAAGAUGAAACUUACUGAAUUAUCAAUUAACAAGUAAUAGGAAUUAAUAAAAAUGAUAUCUAAAAAUAAUAACAAAUAUGCGUUUUUCUAUUCAUAUUUAAAGAAAUUGAUGAAAGAAUAAUAAGUAUUGUUUCUUGCAAACUAUUUUCUUUAGCAGUGAAACAAAAGUAAUAAUUCCUUAUCUCGCAUUUGAUUUGUUAAGGGCUUGUCAACGUAAGACGAGCCAUUUUUAGGGAUCCAAUCAAAUCCAAUGCUCUUACAACGUCAUAGUUUUUUUUCUUUUCCAAGAGCGAAUUUUCUCCUUAUUCAUCGAAAUAUGUAACCAAAUCAAGGAUUCCAGUAAGACUUCGAAACGAAAGAUUAUUUUUCUUAAUAAUUCUGUGAUAUAUAUCGUAAAUGAUAGCAUGAAUUAAAUUUCUGUUCGACGUGUUUAACUUUAAUUGUUUUGAAAGCAAAUUUGUAUAAUUUGAUAUCAAAAUAAAACGUAACUAUAUGCAGUCGUGGAUGAUUACUUUAAUCCUACAUCACAAUGGUUUUUUUCCUAAUUUGCAAAGGAGUAUCCUACUACACAUUAUUUUACUUCCCAUGUAUGUCUCAUAAAACAGCUGUUGUCAAAAGAAAAGAGAAGAAUUAUGUGAAAGAAAUUUGACAUUGCAUGAAAAUUUAAAGAUUGAUGUAACAAAAAAAUCUUGUUUAACGCCAAGAAACUUUUAAGAGUAACUAUUAGAGGUUUCAGUGAUGUAUUUGGAAUUGUCAUAUUUCAUUUUAUAUCUUUACUGAGACUUCAAAUGUCCAAAAUGUUUCUCAUCAGAAAGUUUCAGACAAUAAAAAACAUUUAUGUAUGUAAAAAAGUCGAUUUAAAAUCCGUAAACUUGUGACUUAUAUGAAACUUGUCCAUUUUGUGUAAUGUGAUUUAUUUUUAAUAUUUAAAUAAACUUUAUUUAUUA